CACGUAGUUGAUUACUGUUCGUUUGGUACUAAUCUAAAUGUGGAAGUCUUUCUAUAAAUUAUGUAAUGGCGCCCAACAAUAUGUCUUUAAAACUGAAAUUUCUCAGAUGUUUGCCCCUGAAGUCAUUUAAUCAGUCGUGCAAAAUCGACACUGAUCCCAAAACUGAAGAUACGUUAAUCGAUACUUUGUCUAUUUCGAAGGGUGAUAAAAACCACGCGUCCAAGGUCAAGCAGUCAGGCAGACGCUCAAAAGCACUGGCAAAAUCAUGUAGUUCAAUGCUUAACGUCGCAAGCGCAUGUGAGCUACAUGUACCUGCCCGCAGAUCUUCCAUUUUCGGUCCGAGACCUGUACGAGACAGCAUGUCUACUCCUAGGCUAGCAGAAGUUCUGAGCUUUCGAGAGGACAAUUACCCAACAGCGAGAGUUGAUUUCGUACGGUAUACGCGUGCUCGUGCAUGCGAAGAGAACGUAUUAUUUCUAAUGGAGUUCGAAAAAUUUCACACACUCGUGGAGCGAACCCGUGGGCAAGAUAAGUAUCAUGAGUUGGUGAUGGCCAUAGCAGUCAAAAUUGUGGACGACUAUGUUCACGAUCAGGCAUUGCACCCCUUGAAUAUCGAUAGCAAAUUGAAAACACAAGUACUGGGAUACAUCCUUGAUUGCGAUUUGGAAAAUAUAAUCCUUUCUUUGAGCAGCAUUGCGAAGGAAAUCGUGGCGAUUCUCGAAUAUGGAGUGUGGGAGCAAUUUGUUGAGUGGAGGCGUUCUCAGUAACCCAGCAAACACUCUAAUCCAAGCUUGUGUCCUGUCAAAAUUUUGGCUGAAUACAUAAUGUUUUGAUCCAUAUUAGGGCUGUCGGAACGCCGUACGAUGGCUACACUCACGCGCUUCAAAAGUUAAAAGCGAACAAUGCUGUCGUUGAGGUUUCACGACCAAUAAGCUCCCAGCGAAAGUUUCCUUUUGCGAUAUUACCAGAGCAAAAUUCAGGAGUUGCAUUGGGAGCGUAUACAAAUUUUAAACAGCGUGCACCCCAUGACUGAGAAUCGCGUAUGGUUCACAGUCCCCUUCAAACGCACAACAACACAACCUGCUAAGUAAAGUGCGUACUCAUACCGUUGCUGACCUGUUGAAGACUCUUGUGAGAUGGACUUGGUCAUGUACAGCAGAAUGCAGCCAUUCGAGAUGGACGAUUGAAUACUACGUAACGCGAAACUUCGGAGCGCAUCGCAUCUCACGACGAAAGAUAUUGCACAAAUAGAAAUCAUCAUAUACAUUCAUAGCUUGCACUCCAUGAGUUGAUAGUGAUUUCCGUCUAUCCUCCAAAUACAUCCGAUGGCCCUGACCACCUGCGCCUCCGCAGGAAUGAUAUGUUGCGAUUGUAUUCUGAUGUCAUUCAACACGGAUGCGUAAUACGAAAUAAACCUACAACAAUCCCUAGAGACCAAAAGCAAUAAAGUGCCUUUGUGGCAAGAAC